UCUAUUUUAUUAUUUUUGUUGAGAGUUUGUGAAUUUUCGAGUUUAGAAUUUUUGGCGUAUCGAAAUCAAACUUGUGUAUUGUAUUAUUUUGUACAAUACAUGCCAAUACUUAAAAUUUAUUUAUAUAAGGUAAUAAAGCAGUCCUGAAUUAACAUUUUAGCUUUACGCAAGCAAAAAGCUUGAAUAAGUUAUAUUCCGGUAAUCUGUAACAACCUCAUUAUGAGUGAAUAUAUAGACGAUACUAUAUUAAAUAUGGUAAAAAACCUUAAAUCCACUCGUGACAAAUCAAGAAAUAAUUAUGAAUUUGCCUCCCUUAAACGCUCACUCAGCUCAUCAAACUCGAAUGAGAGCAGUAUUGAAGAAGCAACCCCAAUCAAGAAGAUGAAACAAGACCGUAAGUUUGAUCUAUCCUAUGUAGGUUCGCCAAGGGAAAUGAACAGAUUGAGAGUAGAUUUAUUAGAAGCCAGAAAUAUUAUUAAGAGCUUAGAGACCCGAGUCACCCACAUGCACACUGUAAGACAACAAAUGCAGAUGAUGUUUGAAGAUGAAAACAAAACCUUAAAACGCCAAUGCGAAUAUGAUAAGAAAACGAUUGAGGAAUUGGAAAAUCAACUACAAACAGUACGAAAAAGAGAAAUCGAUUUAAAACAUGAACUUUCUGAGAAGAAUAAAAAAUAUGAUAUGUUGAAAAUCACAACAAGUGAAGAAGUUCAGAAACUUGAAAGUAGUCUACUGGAUGUAAAAGAAGAGUCAAGGCAAAUGGAAUCUGAAGAAAAUGGUAUUGUUCCAACUUUGGAGAGAAAAAUUCGGGAAUUAGAAACAAUGUUGGAGGCAGCAGAAGAAGAUGCUGAAGCUCAUAAAAAGCUAGCAGAUGAAUUAGGACAAAGAAUAAGUAAAGAUAAUGCCGUUCAAAGAGACCUGGAACUGAAAGAGCAGGAAUUAUUGAGUGCCAAACUGUAUAUUAAGGAAUUGGAAUAUGCUAAAGAGAGUUAUGGAGAAUUCCAGGAAUAUUCAAAAAGUCAAGCUGAAAAGUUAGAAAGGUAUAUGGAACUGGAAAAACAAAAUGAGCAAUUAAUUGAGGAGACCGAUAGACUCAAAGAACAAGUGAAAAAUAAGUUAAUACUCGAAGAAGAAGUUUAUGAUUUGAAAAACCGACUUGUGAAAUUCAAGGAUUGUGAGAAAAAAUUGAUUGAGUUACAGAUACAAGAAACUCAAAAUGCUUUGUGUUUGAACGAAUGGAGAGCAGUGGCAAGAGGAAUAUGUGAGUCAACGGAAGCAGAUUCAGCUUUGCCACAUCUUUUGAGAGUGGUAGUGGAUAGGCUUCAACAGCAAGAACUAGUUUUAACAUCGGCGAAGGUUGAUUUGGAAUCGCAAUUGAAAUCUAUGACACAUGAAGCGAAAGUGGCCAAGUCGGAAGCAGAGAAAUGCCAAAAACUUGUAGCGGAAUUGAAAGAGACCAGUGCACAGAAACAAAAAUUAAUCCACAGGAUGGAGAAGAAAUUAAUGUUAGUGAUCCGUGAACGAGACAGUUAUAGACUACAGUUGGACUCUUACGAACGGGACCUUACUAUGUAUAUAUCAGUACCAACUACUGGAGCUGGUAGUACGUCUAGUCAAUCGCAGAAAGAAAGAAUUGAUAAUUUGGAGAAGAUUGUUGCGGAUUAUAGAGAUCUGGUAACCAAAUUGGAAGGGGAUUUGGAGGUUGCACAACCCAACCUACAUGCAGAAGUUUUGCCUAUUCGAGCAGAGCAAAUGGCAAGGUUAAAAGACGAAGUCCAUCACCUUAAAUUGGAAAAUGAUAAGUUACGGCAGCGUAAGGAUCAGCUGGAGAUACAGCUAGAAUCAUAUAUGGAAGGUGAGGAUACUAGAAGUGAUGGAAAAAUACUCCACCCAUCCAACAAUCCUCUUAGCGAAUGUCUAGUACAGCGAGGAAAACAAGUGGAGAAACUACAACAAGAAAUCGGAAAUUUGAAGAGAAAAAUAAAAAAUAUGGAAGAAGGAAUCGAAUGCAGUAAACUGGGCGACAUCACCCUAACGGGAAAAGAGAUUACCCAAUUGAAGGAACAGUUGCAAUCGCAAGAGAACCAGAAUCAACUCUUAAAAGAAUAUUUUAAAUCCCAAAUGCAGGAAUUCAGAAAUGUUAUAUAUAUGCUGCUCGGUUACAAGAUCGAUAGGACGCAAAAUUCUUUGUAUAAAUUGACAAGUCUGUACGCUGAACAAGCAGAUGAUCUACUUUGUUUCCAAGUGAACAAAGAUGGAGAUUUAAAUCUGUUGGAGAAUGAAUUCAGUGCUACGCUCGACAAAAUGAUUAAUUUGCAUUUGAGGCAUCAGAAAUCAAUUCCUGUUUUCCUUAGUGCUCUUACAAUGGACUUGUUCCAAAACAAAACGAUGACAACUAAGAGUUAUGAGACAGAAUUAGACGAAUAGUUAGUGAAAUAAGGACAUUUUCAAUUUUUAAGCUUUAGUAAAUAUAAUUAUCGAAUAGGUUAUUUACAUUGUCAAGUUUUUGUAUCAAUAUACUGAUGAUAAUUGUA